AUGUUCCGGAUGCUGACCUCCUGCUGUCCUCGUGCAGAGGCAACUGAAGAGACACUAAGGAAUGUGACCAUCAUUAUCAUUGGACUGGACAACUCAGGCAAAACUGUUCUUGUGGAGGCGAUCCAGAGACUACUCCCCAGUAAGUUGAGUGGUUGUAUGAAACCUGAACUGACCACACUCGUGCUGGAUGAUUAUGAAGUUUCCAUCUACGACCUGAAUGGAGACAGGAAUGGCCGAGAAAUCUGGCCAAACUACUACGUGCAGGCACAUGGACUUGUUUUUGUCCUGGAUUCCAGUGACUUAAGGCGCAUGGAGGAAGUGAAGGUCAUCUUCCUAGGCCUGCUGUCUGAUGAAAGAGUGGCCGGGAAACCCAUCCUACUCCUGGCCAACAAGCAAGACAAGAAGGACGCCUUGCUACUUGAUGAUAUCACUGAAUAUCUGCUGCUGGAAAAUCUAACAAACGAGAACCAGUCCCUGUACCGAGUGGAGCCCUGUUCAGCCAUCAAAAUCCUCAAAAAAAAGAACCAUGAACCUAUAAUUGGAGCCCUGCGCUGGCUGUUAUCUGCCACUGGGGAUAAACGUGAAGAUCUGUGUACUCGCCAACAGCUACUCCCAUUGAGCAUCCCAGCCUCCAAGAGCGCCAGAGACUUUGGGGAAAUAUGCUCAUCAGACAGCUUCACUACCAGGAUGGGAAAGUCCAAAGAAGAAAGACAGCGCCUAGGACAACACUCAAUGGAACCUAGGCCUCUAAAGCCAAUCCUGCAGAAAGAAGGUACCAAAAAGAGACCUAAAAAGAAAACAUCAGUAACAUUUGCUUUAGACGAACCCAAGGAGGAAGGUGCAUGUUAUGGCGGAAAUGGAGAUCGUAACACCACUGAGCUUGGCUACAAUCAGAGCCGAGGACAUCUUUUUGAAGGUAAUCCUGGAUCAGUGGAUCCGGCCCUUCAGGCUACCCCAGAGCCUUGGGCUGUUACACCUACACAGAGGGCCCUAGAUAGGAACAUUGAGGAGGAGAGAGGUACUGCUCUGGGAAGGAGGAUGAGAGCUCUACAGUCCCCCUACGACUGUUUGUUAGUACCUCUACAGUCCCCCUACGACUGUUUGUUAGUACCUCUACAGUCCCCCUACGACUGUUUGUUAGUACCUCUACAGUCCCCCUACGACUGUUUGUUAGUACCUCUACAGUCCCCCUACGACUGUUUGUUAGUACCUCUACAGUUCCCCUACAACUACUCUAACAUAAUAUACCUGAGAACUCCCAUUGUGCCUGUACAUCGACAUUCGAGCCAUCAAAUGAAUCUUAUCUCCACCGAGAGGCUCAAGAACAGUUAG